AUGGAUGAAUCUACCAAUUCUCAUCUUAACCUUAUAGUUUUGGAAUCAAUUAACAGAGAUUGUGGAAGAUUUGGGAAGAGGUCACUGUUCAUAGUUGCUGUUACAGUUGAACACGAGCCCGUUCAUUUUUCUGAAGUCGUACAAGACAGUAAAUGGAGAUUCUCUAUGCAGCAAGAGCUUCAAGCUUGGGAAGAAAAUUGCACCUGGAUUUUACAACCUUUGCCGGUUGGGAAGAAACCUCUCGGUUGCAAGUGGGUGUACAAAAUUAAAUAUAACUCAGACGACACCAUUGAAAGAUACAAGGUAAGACCGGUCAUUCUUGAGAAUCAUCAAGUAGAAGGAAUCUACUAUAGUGAGACAUUCGCUCCUGUUGUCAAAAUGGUCAAUGUUCGUCUUGUUCUUGCUGUGGCAGCCGCGAAGCAGUGGGAAAUUCAUUAA